UGUUACCACGAUAGGAUAUGGUGAUAAAGUACCACAGACUUGGAUUGGAAAGACAAUUGCAUCUUGUUUUUCUGUGUUUGCCAUCUCAUUUUUUGCUCUUCCUGCGGGAAUCUUGGGUUCAGGUUUUGCUCUGAAAGUUCAACAGAAGCAACGGCAAAAGCAUUUCAACAGACAGAUUCCUGCAGCAGCAUCACUGAUCCAGACUCUCUGGAGAUGUUAUGCUGCUGAAAAGUCCAGUGGUGGCUCUGUAUCAUGGAAAAUCUACAUAAUGCCUGCUGAAUACAUUUCCAGUGUUGCAACGGAUGGCUCCAGUCCAAACCUUAGGAAAAUGAGUAAGAGGUACAAAAGAAAACUGAAAGGGGGCCGUGAUAAUGAAAUCACAGUUGCUUUAAACACACCUGAUCAAGCUUUAUCCAUUCCUCAAAUCACCUACGAUCACAUCAGCGACAAGGAGGAUAAGAAAGAAAUUGAAUUUUAUAGUGAUGAGUCAACAAGUUUUACAAGAAUGAUACGACAAACAGUUAGGAAAAAAAUGGAACCACCCACUUUGGACAUUUCACGGACAAACAGUUUUGUAGAAGACAUGGAUUUUAUUAGCGAGGACUCCUCACUACCUGUGGUAACAGAUGCUUCACAAUUAACAGAGGCCCACAAAGCAGCUGUCAAAGUAAUCAGAAGAAUGCAAUACUUUGUGGCUAGACGGAAAUUUCAGCAAGCACGAAAACCAUAUGAUGUCAGAGAUGUUAUUGAGCAGUACUCACAGGGACAUCUUAACAUGAUGGUGCGAAUAAAGGAGCUGCAAAGGAGAUUGGACCAUUCUUUAGGAAAACCAGGGAUGUUUCUCCCAGAGAAGGGUCUAGACAAGGGGUACUAUACAGUAGGGGCCAGAAUGAUCCGCCUGGAAGAUAAGGUUACCAAAAUGGACCAGAAAGUAGAUGACAUACUGAGGAUCCUGAAAGAGCAGUUUGGAAGGCAAGAAAAUCAGCAUAAACGGACACUUCUCAGCACUAAAACCAUUGCAGUUAAACACCUUGGACAUAGCUUUGACGAGAUGUCUGGACGAUAAAAGGAUCAAUACUCCAUCAUUCAGCAGCACAUAAAUCUGAACAAUAUGCAUUUUUAUUCAUGCAGCACCACUUUUUAUUAGUUAAAAAGAAAUAAAAACAAUGUUCUCAGUUUACAGAAACUUUAGUUUUU